AUGCGGUAUACAUCUUUGCUCGCUAUAGCUGGCGUCACAGGCCUGGUGGCGGCAGCGCCAGGACCAUCCCUAUCAAAAAGAGCAUCUUCCUUUGUUUGGUUCGGCGCAAACGAAGCUGGGGCAGAGUUUGGGAGUGGAAACAUUCCGGGGGUAUUGGGUACCGAUUACAUCUGGCCAUCAACCUCAGCUAUUCAAACUCUGCGGAGCGCAGGGAUGAAUCUCUUCCGUGUUCCCUUUGCAAUGGAGCGGUUGGUUCCUGGAACUCUGACGUCAAGUCCGGAUGCGACCUACCUGGCUGCACUGAAAAGUACUGUCAACUUCAUCACAUCUAGCGGUGGAUAUGCUGUUAUUGACCCUCACAAUUUUGGAAGAUAUUAUGGCAAUAUCAUCACCUCGACUAGUGACUUUGCAGCAUUUUGGAAGACACUUGCUUCAGAAUUCGCGUCGAAUGAGAGGGUCAUCUUCGAUACAAAUAAUGAAUUCAAUUCCGAAGACCAAACCCUGGUGUUGAACCUGAAUCAAGCUGCUAUCAACGCGAUCCGAGCCGCAGGAGCCAAAUCGCAGUACAUUUUCGUGGAAGGCAAUUCGUGGAGCGGUGCAUGGACAUGGCCAACUGUCAAUGACAAUAUGAAAGCCUUGACAGAUCCACAAGGCUUGCUUAUUUAUGAGAUGCACCAGUAUCUGGAUUCUGAUGGUUCCGGCACAUCAGAGGCUUGUGUGAGCUCAACCAUUGGUAAAGAACGAGUGACGGCUGCCACAAAGUGGCUUAAGGACAAUGGCAAGAAAGCCUUCUUGGGUGAAUUUGCCGGUGGUCCCAAUUCUGUUUGCAAAAGCGCUGUUACAGGUAUGCUCGAUUACUUGCAAGCAAACAGCGAUGUCUGGCUUGGGGCGUCUUGGUGGUCCGCUGGACCAUGGUGGGGAGACUACAUGUACAGCUUUGAGCCUCCAUCCGGCACAGCCUAUACCUACUACAUGAGUCUCCUGAAAAAUUAUUUCCCCGGCUCAGGUGGUUCAGGCGGGACAACGACCGCAGUUACCACCACCACCACCACCGUCGCCGCGACCACCACAACUGCAACUGGGCCAAGCACCACCGGGGCCCCUCAGUAUGCGCAGUGCGGUGGAGUUAACUGGGCCGGUCCAACCACCUGUGUCAGCCCAUACACCUGCAAGAAGUCGAAUGACUACUACUCGCAGUGCCUGUAG